AUGUCCACUCUGGCAGUCGACAUGCCUUUCGACUUCAACUUCCCCUCGGCCUCUAUUGAGCGUCAAAGUCCCGCUCCUGUCAUGACCUCUCUGCCCUUUGACCAGGCUUUCCUCGACAUGGCAUAUGCUUCAGCCUCAGCUAAUGCUGCUGGACAUGUUCAUGCACACAUCUCUGGCCACUCUCGCUCAUCCUCAAGGGCCUCAGUAUACUCCACAAUCUCUGCCGAGUCAGACCACGAGUCUCUUUGCUCUCGUCUCACAACACCUCCUCGUGCCUCCUCUGCUGUUCGCCAGCAUGGACCUCUUCUUCUCCCCAAGAUCCGCUCUCAGGACCAAGACAUUGAUGCUACUCCCUGUGGUCACUACCGCAUGACCACGCCUCCUGCUCCCAACCCUUCUCGCCACUCACGGAGCUACACCAACCCCGAGUCCCUCAGCAUCACCUUUGACACACCUGGCUCUGUCGCCUCGGUCAACACAUCAUUCUCCAGCCAGCCUGACGACUCUCUGUCUGCAUCACUCCUUGCCUCCCCAGCCAACUUUGCCACUCACAUCUCUGGUUCUCAUUCACGACGUGCUUCCAGCCUUGAUGCCACCACAAUUGACCGCUAUGGUUAUCCUACAUACCGCCAGAUGCCUGCGUUCGUUCCCGUUGCUCCUCAACAGCAGCCUGACUACGGCUUCGCCGCCUACAGCUACAGUCCUCGGGCCCAGUCCCCCUUGAGCCUCGCUGCCACGCCAGAUCCUACUCCCAACACUAAUCUUCUGAACUUCCUCACCUCCUCCAACCCCGCUGCUUCCCUGGUCCGCCAUAUCUCGUUCCCAGUGCGAGAUGCCAGCACCAAGCACUUUUGGUGGGAUGUUCGUAACAUUCGCUCUUGGUCUUCCUUCAACGCCUCUUCCAUUCUUUCUCUCCCAGGUGCCUCCGCUCUACUCACCAGCCCUGUUCCUGCGCCCCUCCUUCCCCAGCCUGUCUUCACUUCUCGCCACCCUGAGAACGAGGCCCAGCUUCACUCCAUCUACGCUUCCUACUACCUCCCCAAGCUGAACUCGGCUUUGGCAAUGUCAUCCACUCACCCUCUCCACCUCUCAGUGCCUCCCAAGACUACCGGCAUGAACGAUCUCGUCUUCGUUGCCAAUGCUGCCGGCGAGUCUGCCACUGCAGCUGCCAUGUUUGGCGGCAAGCCCACCGCCCGUGUAGUUGGUAUAGUCCGCAGUUUUGAUCGCUUCAACACUGGUAUGCGAGUUGAGGGCAACAUCAAGCGUGUUGAGUACCUUCGUGGACUUGCAGCCAUCCACCAUGCUAUGCGUGAGCAUGGGUGCCGAUAUGGCUUCAUCCUCACUGAGAUUGAGCUUGUUCUCGUCCGGAACGGUACUGCCAACACUCCCUUCUUUGGUGAUCUCGAGGUUACCUCUGUCCAACUCGCCGCUUCUGCUCCUGAGGGCGAUGCUUCUACUCUGCCACACGAGACUCCCCUUACCGCAUGCCUUGCACUCUGGGGACUGUGCCAGCUCGCUGCCGAUGACACUCCUGCUGGUAACGCCCACUGGCGUUCCGAGAUUGGUGCCCCUGCCGAGGGAACCCGUCGCAAGGCUCAACCCCGCGACUCUUGGAUGCCUCAACCACAACUCGCUGAAAAGCGAGAGGCCAAGCGAAGCCGUGGGUGGGUGUGGCCUGAAGACGCCAUUGGGCGCAAGGAGCUUGGAAAGAGAGGUGUCCGAUAUGGUGGAAUCUAA